UGUUUUACCGUCCCUCGCUUUAGCACGGAUCUCGUCACUCGCUAUUCAUGUUCGAGCAUUCACAGCCCCAUCCUUCUGCACUCACAACCCCGAAAUAGUUUAGCAACCUCGACUUCACCUUGGUCGGAUUUUACUCCCAAUCUCUGCAUUAAAAAAAAUCUCGACUUCUUUCCAGAGUCUUCCAAACUAGGAAAUCGCAUCUUGCACUAUAUCACACCACCUCAUCGCGCAUCCGGAAACGACCACAAAUUUCGCCUCCCGAACUUCUUAGCCCUUCGGACUACAUAAAAGCCGACAGAUAGCUUAUCUCGGAGCUUGUCACUGAUCACAAAUACUCAUCCUUCAAGCCAUCCACCGCCAUCGCCAUGCCGUCCUGCUGCAGAACCUGUGACCACCGCAACCACGCUGUAAACACCGUUUCUCUUAGCCCUACGCUCCUCGAUGUCUGCCUCAUAACCCUCAGCUUCAAGACUCCCGUUUCAACCUUCAACCCCACGCCCUACGCCGCGCUAAACGCCGUACUUAACAACAUCACCGACGCCGCAGAAAACACGUCGCACCCAUCACGCUUCACAAGCUGGUCGCCCUGUCUUGAGGACCCCAAAACUGCCAUCAUCGUCACCACGCUUAGCGAAACAUGUCAAAACAGCACAUCACCCCUCUUCUCACCGGUAUUACGCCACCUAAGUAACCCCCCAACCGUCCAGCACAUCCUCCUUGACUACUCCGCCAUCGCCCUUGCCUCCUCGUCUCCAGAUGAGAAAAUUGCAUUCGAUAUCAUCGUCGUCAACGCGCCAAACGCUACAGUCGCAGGCGCCAUCGGCAAGCGCUUUGGCUGGGAUCCUAAGCGUUCUUCUCUUUCCGCUAUGCUUGCUGUAUCGGCCCCCGCCGGCUUCAGUCGGCCCGGAGACCUCGUGCGGGAUUUCUGGGCGUGGACAGAACUUCCCGGCGAGCCUGUGUCGCCAUCGAGUUCAUAUAAUAGCGAAUAUGAAGGCGUGUUAAAGAGCACGAAUUCCGAUGAGAAGAAUAUGGCGAUGUUCCUACCUAGAGACUCGGACUCCGAGAAAGCGAAUGCCGAGGAUGAGACGCUAGUGAUGGUGUUUGAAUGGAGUAAUCGCGUGGAUGCAGAACGCUUUAAGCAUCCACUGCAAAAGAGCUAUGGGUAUAACCAGCAAAGCGUGAGUCCCGAUCUCUGGGACCGGCAUGUUGCGAAUCCAGUACGGCAGCUUGAAGGCAUUGGGGCCAAGGUCCAGCAUUAUAAAGUUGAGCUGAGGGGUGUUGAGGAAAGGAUCGAGACCGGUAAGCCUGGAGCGGCGAGGGAGAGAAGUGGAAGCCGGAGGCUUAGUGUCAUGGCCUCAGGAAUGGGCGAAAGGUUGAGUGGGUUCUGGCGGUAAUGGAAGGAGGUGAUUAGGCGGUGAGGUUGGCGAUGUUUAAGGCGGUGGAGAUAAUUUCCUCAGGUCGUGGAACAGGAAUGUCUCAACUGG